AUGACGAGCGAAUCACCUUCGAUGAGCGCCAGUAAGCGCAGCUCGGCAACAUCAAAUCUACGUCACAGCCAAACCGCACGACCAAGCUCGCCGCAGACACCACAGCAACAACUACGCUCAGGCAACACCUCAUUCACGAGCACGACAUCUCCGGGCUCGUCCUUUCGAAAUGAAGAAGAUGCGAUCAUAUUCGAGAUAGGCGCGCGAUGGCUCCGUGCAGGCUUUGAAGGAAACAGUGCACCCGCAUGCGUGAUUGGAUUUGGACCCGAGGACUCGAGGAGAGUGGGGGACUAUCGGGGAUGGAUUCAGGGGAGCAUGGGAGCUGGACGGUUAGCCCAGCCUGUCGACGCAGAGGAAUGGACACGGCCAUACGAAUUGUGGAGGCCGGACUCGCGGGAAGUCGAUCUGGGUUUGGUCGAGGACAAGAUUGAGCGCGCGUUCCGCGAGACCUAUAACCAGUACCUGUUGACGGAUGCAGGUACAUCUCGCCUGGUUCUUGUCCUUCCUUCUCUUAUGUCACAUCCGUUGCUUUCGUCAUUACUAUCUACGCUCUUCAGUCGCUGGCGAUUUCCGAGUGUCACCCUUUUGUCCAGUGCGACUAUGUCGGCUACCGCUGCUGGACUGCGGUCUGCUCUGGUAGUUGACCUUGGGUGGGCUGAAACCACGGCAACCGCCAUUUACGAAUACAGAGAUAUGAUUACACACAGGACGACACGAGCCAUGAAACAAGUGAUGCAGGAGAUGGGUCGAAUUCUCAGUGAAUUGGCGUCUGACGGGGACCAAAAUGAUGACGCAGAGGACGAAAUAUCUGUGGGAUUUGCCUACUGUGAAGAGGUGGUCAGUCGUUUUGCCUGGUGUAAAUUGCAGGCAGAAGACAGCUCGGCAUCAGAGCAGGUAUUGGCAAUCCCGUCUCCAGCAAAUCCCCAGCAAGAAUACAUGGAUGUGUCGUUCGCGCGUCUCGCCGAACCUGCUGAGAAGGUCCUAAUUGCAACGGGCACCGCCGAGCACGAAAUGGAUGAUGAAGAAAAGUCAAUUCCCCUGCUCAUUUACAACACUCUCCUUACAUUGCCUCCUGACGCACGUGGCACAUGCAUGUCACGCAUUGUCUUCGUGGGUGGCGGUGCUCGAAUUCCGGGGCUGCGUCAGCGAGUCCUCAAGGAAGUCUCCCUCUUACUUGACAGACAUGGCUGGAGUGCAAUUCGAGGCAAAGCCCUCGAGCGGCAGCGGCAGAGAUUGGAGGAUCUGAAACUUUCAGCUCGUGCUCCUUCAAGCGGCACUGAGACACCUCAGAGUAACGAGAAAGCUGCAGCCAAGGAGGAUGCUUCUUCGGGAGACGAAGACAAGCCAGAUCCCUCCAAGGAAGAGCCUGAACUAGAUUUUGUGGAACAAAAGCUUCGUCGCCAGAACAAAGACAUUCCAGUUCCCGUUCAGGGGGUCUUACGCGAAGUCGAAUCCCUUGGACCGUGGGCUGGUGCAAGUCUGACCAGUAGUUUGAAGAUCCGGGGCAUGGUGGAGAUUGAACGAGAACGGUUUCUACAGCACGGAUUGGCCGGAGCUACACGAGAUAUCGAGCAUCAUGUUUCUGAUCGUCGAUCGGGCUUGAGAUCUGGUGAUCGGUCAAGUUGGACCUUGGCCGGCUGGGCAUGA